CACUCUCAAAUGCUGGCAGCUCGGUGAAGAGAUUUUGUUGCCUGUGCACCUGUUCUUAUCUGAUACAAGAAAAAGGGUGAAAACAAAGGAAAAAUGCAUUAUUUAAAAAUCACAGCAAGCUUCCUCCUGACUGUCCAUGCUUUUCACCUGGCAUCGUUACAAGAGUCAACCGACUCACCAAGGCAAACAUUGGACCAAGACUGGCUCCGUGUGUUUCUCCAAAAUACAGCUGAACGUCAAAACACUACAGAACAAGAGGCACAAUAUUAUUCCGGCAGUGAUACUGGUGAGGAGUCAAGCAUCGAUUACGUUGGCACAGCAUCUGGCUCCAUGGCAGUGAACUACUUAGAAGAGGAGAACGUGUUAAGACAUGAAACAGCGGGAAAUAAUGGAUCUGAUGUUGUCAAUACCACACUGUCUUCCACAGUUUCAAGUAAUACAACCAAGCUUCCAGAACUGUCCAACACCACAGUUACAAUCACAACAACAGCUACCACAAAGCAGAGCCCGGUCAACAUGACAGAAACCGAGGAGGAAUCUUCUGGCUCAGCUACGACCUCUCAAACCUCCACCACUCCAAAGUCAACGGCUUCAUCGACACAAACGUCCACAACUAAAUCAAUGGGAGAUUUAAACAGCAGCACAACAACUCCCAGCACAACAACUCCCAGCACAACAACUCCCAGCACAACAACUCCCCGCACAACAACUCCCAGCACAACAACUCCCAGCACAACAACUCCCAGCACAACAACUCCCCGCACAACAACUGUAACAACCACAGCAAAACCAAUGAUCGAAGAGACUUCCAACACACAUUCGACUACAACAACUCUUUCUCCUGAAACCACAGGACUAAUCCCUGAGACGACGACAUCUGCUACAUUCAACACACCUGAGAAGGUCAACAGGACAGCCUUGGGAGACGAUGAAGAGAGAGAAUUUGCAUCAGAUGUACGCAGCAGUAAAAGUAAUAGAGCGUGGGCAGCUGUGCUGGGAACAGGAGUGGCUGUGACCUGUGUGGGACUGGUGGCCUACAUCAUUCUGAAAAAGAAGAGACAGAGGGAUUUCUCUCACAGGAAACUGGUUGAGGAGUUUCAUCCAGACCCAGUUCUCAGGUUAGACAACAGCGAACCUUUGGACUUGAACUUUGGGGGUGGAGCCUAUUACAAUCCAGCACUCGAGCGGGACAACAUCCAAAUGUCCAACUUUUCAGGACACAGGAGAUGAAGAAGACUCCCGAGACCAAAGUCAUGAACUCCUCCGAUUGCCUUCUUCUGGCUUAAGUGAUUUUUCUGUAAAUACGUAAAUGAGAUGGUGUAGCUCUUAUAUGAGAUUAUGCAUUAUAAUAAUAAUAAGUAGAUUUAUGAAAGUGAAAUAGAGGGAUUACUGAAGCCAAUCUAUCUGAAGUCUACUUCUGUAGCCAUUACUGUCAGCCAUUUACAUAUGUAUGCUGCCAAAGGGAAUAAAAUGAAGAGUAUGAUUUAUCUAUGAAGGAUGUAAAAAUGCAUAUUUAUUAUAACUUUGCUUAACUAUAACUGUGCCUUCAUUUUAAUUACAAAUAUGAUCAGAAGAGAAGAAAGUAGAAUUUGACUCCUGCAGAUGCAAAACAUUUGCAGGGAAAAACAAUAAAAAAACACAAAUCUUAAUUAUUCAGUUUUAUUUGUAUAGAGCCAAAUCAUAACAUGUAUUAUCUCAAGGCACUUCACAUAGAGUUACUGUGGCCUUAACAACAAAAUUACAAAGCCUUAUGAACAAUAACAUUUUCCAUAGCAUCUCUCACCUGUUGUUAUGGCACAAGGAAGGAAAUAAGAAUAACAUUUGAACUGUGCGUCACGGCCGACAGACACAGCCAGAGACUGAAAAUUUGACCAAACCAAAGGUUUGAGUUUGUCUCGCUUCAAAGUGAGCGCUGGGGGAAGGCUGCUGGCUGCUGGUUUGUUAUUCAUAUACUUAGGUUUUAGUAUUCAUGAAGGCAGUUGUGUACUUGGUCUCAGCACUACUCAGUAGCGGCAUCUCUAUUAUCCUUCUUAAAUCUUCUGACCUCCAGGUGUCCAAACAGAGUUGAGUUUAUCGUAUAGCGACAGCGGGCACCUCAGAGAUUUAUACCUUGUAGCGUUUACCCGCUGCAAACUAUAAUCUAUUGAAUUGUGACUUAAAAAAUACAAACAAACUUAUUACUAAUUACACAAUUUCUUCUGUGUUUUUAUUUGACUUCAGCAAGAGUCUCUAACUUGACUGAUACAAUGUGGUUGGGUGGAAUAAACUGCACUUUUUCAUUUCCUCAUGCUCUCAUUAUGUUAUAUUUCUGCAUUAUACUACAUUAUCGAAUAAAUAUUCAUCUCUCAUCAUUGACGUUUGCACUUGAUCAAUAUUCUUUACAAUAUUCUUAAAUUAGGCAAACUUAACUUGGAGAUCUGUUGGUGUUUUUUUAUUCUGACUAAACGCUCAGUGGGACUGCUUUCUCACUCUAAUUUCAAACAUCAGUCAGUGUGAGGAGAGAAUAGUUUUGAGUCACAGUGUUAAAGAAUUGUUACAACCUCUUGGAAAUUGUAAUGGAAUCUGAUGAUGCCUUAAUAAACAAAAAGCAAAUAUCUAA